CGUUGCCAAACCGUUGUGUUUUGUAUAUAUACAGCACUUGUGGAGCAUAGAGGGAAUGCAGAAAUCGACAGCCUCAUUUCUCAUUUUCAGUCACGACUCGAAGGAACAUCACCAUGGUGAUCUACACAGCAAAAGUGUUCACGGGGGACAAGUUGUCUGCCGGCACGAGAAAAAGAGUCUUCUUGCAGCUCGUUGGCACGAAGGGAAGCAGUGACAAUGUCCACAUCAACAAGAAAUUGGUUCUGAGCCAAGGAUCUGUUCGCAACAUUGUAAUAGAAAGCCAGAUUGACCUGGGAGAGCUGUAUCUGAUUAGGCUGAGACUAAAGAAGACCCUAUUUCCGAUGAAUGAUGAGUGGUUUUGCUCCAAAGUCACAGUGACAACCCCAGAGAUCAAGGAAGUGCUCUUCCCUUGCUACAACUGGCUGUCCACUGACGAACCGCAGUCCAUCAGAGAAGCUACUGCUAAACUCGUGUUUGAGGACAUUCGAGAGGGUCAGAUGGAGAGAGAAAAGGAACUUGAGAAACGACGGGGGGUUUUCCAAUGGAAAGUGUACGCAGACGGUGUUCCUGAGUGUGUUGAAGCAGACAGUCCACUUGACCUUCCGAGAGCAGUUCGGUUCUCCUUCACCAAGGACAGCCAGUUCCAACUCACUGCUGGGGCUUCUAUUGCCAGACUUUACCUGCAAGGAUUCCUGUCUUCUAAUGUACCCUGGUCAGGCAUGGAUGAAUACGAGUCAAUUCAUGUCGAGAAAGAAACUGAUCUCUUUGAAUACGUCAAAGAACACUGGGAGGAAGAUGAGUUUUUCGGCUACCAGUUCCUGAACGGAAUCAACCCAAUGCUGAUCCAACGUUGCAGCAAGCUGCCGGACAACUUCCCUGUCACUGACGACAUGGUCAAAGAUUCUUUUCAGGAACAACUUACCCUCACACAGGAGAUUCAGAAUAGUAAUAUCUAUCUUGCGGACUAUGUUCGCUUGGAUGACAUUCCCGCUAACGUGAUCGACGGCAAACAGCAGUACAUGGCUGCUCCUCUUGUCCUGCUGUACAAAACUCCAGAUGACAAACUGAUGCCCAUCGCUAUCCAGUUGAAGCAGAAGCCAGGAGAGGACAACCCCAUCUUCUUCCCCACCGACUCGAAGUACGACUGGCUGAUGGCCAAGAUCUUCGUGAGGAGCGCAGACUUUGUAGAGCAUGAGCUAACCACCCACCUGCUUCGUACCCACCUUCUUUGUGAAGUUUUCGCCAUGGCAACCCUGCGUAACCUGCCGCCGAUUCACCCCCUCUACAAGCUCCUGAUACCUCACUACCGCUACACUUUUCAGAUCAACAUCCAGGCUCGAAAUCAGCUGAUAUCAGAAAAUGGAAUCAUUUCUAAGAACGCUGCUAUAGGAGGGGAAGGGAUGAACAUGUUUCUGCAGAAAGCAGCUGCUGCCCUCACCUACAGCUCCCUCUGUCUGCCCGAGGACAUCGCUGCACGAGGUCUGGAAUCCAUCCCCAACUUCUACUACAGAGACGACGGGCAAAAACUGUGGAAUAUAAUCCACAGCUAUGUCAAGGGUGUGGUGGAAUUCUACUACGUCUGUGACUCUGAUGUGGAAAGGGACAGUGAGCUGCAGAAGUGGAUCGGAGAUAUCUUCACCCAUGGCUUCCUGGAGAAGAAGGAAACAGGUGUCCCUGAGCUUUUCAGCACCGUCCUAGAACUGGUUAAGUUCCUCACCAUGGUGAUCUUCACUGCCUCAGUCCAACACAGCGCUGUCAAUUUCGGACAGGAUGAUUUGGUCGGCUGGAUGCCCAACUGCCCCACAUCGUUGCAGAAACCUCCUCCAACCACUAAGGGGCAGUAUACUGAGAAAAAAAUGUGGGAAACUUUCCCAGACAUCAACGUGACCGCGUACGGCUUGGUCACUGUCAACCUGCUGAGCACUCAGUCCCCUGACUUUGUGGCCCUAGGAUGCUUUCCAAAUGAGCGCUUUGUUGAAGCGACGCCUCUAGAGAAAAUCGAAGAGUUGCAGAAUAACUUGAAGGUCUAUAGCUAUGAAACCAAAGCCAGGAAUGUGGACCUUCCUCUGCCGUACACGUUCCUCUACCCGGAGAACAUAGAGAACAGUGUAGCCAUCUGAAACCCAUAUAAAGUACACGUACCUCUAGUAAGAACCUCUAAAGACUGAGGUCAUGGGGCAAUUUUCUUGAAGAUAUAUUUGGGGGCUUUUUCAUGCUUUAUUGUAUCGUUUUUAUGUGAAGUGUCACAAGGAGAGAGAGAGUUAUGGUGAAAUGCUGGGAAUUUAUUUUAUUCUAUUUUCAAUGCAGUUAGUAUUUCAAUGGUCUGUUAUAGUAAACAACAAUUGACUGGCAUAAAUGCUACCAAAUAUAGAUGUUUAGUGGACAUUGAUUGGGUGAGGGCAAGAGCUGUAAUUCAAUAUAAACGACUUCACUUUAUGAUUAUCAAACAAUAAUUUGUUUUUUUCUCUCAUAGUUGUUGGAUUUAUACAAGGUCACGUUACAUGUCAUAUUUGGCAGGAAAUGUAUUGUACCAUUCUAUGAACGACUUUAUGAUGUUAUGUUAAUCAGAGAUUUGUGAAUCAUAAUGUUCCUUGAUUUCUCCUUUUUAUAUUUCUCAGUUUUCCGAGUUUAGAGAAUGUUCCAAAGAUGAAACAAAUAAGCGAUUGACUAAAUCUGCAAUGCUGGCACCACACUCCACAGAGCUUUCCUCAAUAAAGAGAGCUCAAAGAUC